AUGACCGUCUUGCAUAAUCUCUUACCUCUACCCCUGUUCUCUGCCCAUUGGCACGACCGGGUCAUCAUGGACUACCUUACUUUUUGUGUUGUAUCCCAUUCCGCCCACAUCAACAUCACUCAAAUUGCCGAUUGUCAUUUCCGUGAGAGAUCUCGUUCUCCACGUGGUGAUCGUCCUCGCCGUUCACGCAGUCCUCGUCGUUCGCGUCGCUCAUAUUCUCCUCGCAGCCGCUCUCGCAGCCGUGACGAAUAUCGUCGUAGUGAACGCAGAUCACGAUCGCCUAUGAGUGGUGCGGGUGGCACUUCUGGAGGAUCUGGUUACGGUGGACGUGGUGGGCCACCGUCAGGAAGAUCGUUUGAAGACCGCUCGGUAGCGAGAGAUCAAAUGAUGCAGACUGUUCGCGACUCUUCUCAACAGGACCGCCGUGUCUAUGUCGGAAACUUGUCGUACGAUGUCAAAUGGCAUCACCUCAAAGAUUUCAUGAGACAGGCCGGAGAAGUUCUCUUUGCCGAUGUUUUACUACUUCCGAAUGGAAUGUCGAAGGGCUGCGGGAUUGUGGAAUACGCUACGAGGGACCAAGCUCAGCAUGCUGUGAACACUCUGAGCAACCAGAACCUCAUGGGUCGUCUUGUUUACGUUCGUGAGGACCGCGAGGCCGAACCACGCUUUACUGGCCCGCCUUCCUCCAGAGAUUUCGGCGGUGGUGCUCCUAGUAGGGGUGCGCCGGGAGGUGGAGGCCGACAGCUUUAUAUCUCUAACCUUCCUUUCAAUGUUGGUUGGCAAGAUGUGAAAGAUCUCUUCCGCCAAGCUGCUCAACAAGGCGCCGUCAUACGCGCAGAUGUCUUGAGUGACCCAAGUGGUCGCCCGAAAGGCUCCGGUAUUGUCGUCUUCGAAUCUGCAGACGACGCCCGCGUUGCUAUCCAGCAAUUCAACGGCUAUGACUGGCAGGGAAGAAUCCUUGAGGUUCGCGAGGACCGUUAUGCAGGUGGCGGCCCCGGAGGUGGCUUUGGUGGUCGUGGUGGUGGUUUCGGAGGUGGCUUCGGAGCCCGUGGCGGCUUCCAGGGUCGCGGCGGUUUUGGCGGUCGCGGCGGCGGUGGCUUUGGAGGAGGAUACGGACGAGGCGGUUUUGGUGGCGGCGCCGGUGGUGGUUUCGCUGGUGGUGCUGGUGGUGCUGGUGCUGGUGGUGGUAGCUAUGAUGCUCCUCCACCUCCACCUGGGCCUCCUAAUCCUUUCACCGAUUACGCUACCUCUGGAGGUGAGAAAAGCGCGGUUAUCUAUGUCCGUAAUCUGCCGUGGUCGACUUGUAACGAAGACCUUAUCGAUCUUUUCACCACUAUUGCAAAGGUUGAACGCGCCGAAAUUCAGUAUGAAACCAAUGGUCGCUCUCGCGGCACUGGUGUAGUGGAAUUCGAGAGCGCCGAUGUUGCAGAGACAGCAAUUUCCAAAUUCUUCGGUUAUCAGUACGGUGGCCGUCCCUUGGGCAUCACGUUUGUCAAAUACGCCCAUCCUUCUGGACCUGAAGAUGCAAUGGAUGCAACUGAAACCCCCGGUGGUCUCACCCAAGACCAGAUAAUGUAA